AUGAGAACGGCUGGUGUGGAAGGGUUGAGAGGCGGCAGUCAGCACCACGAAAGGGGCUCUGAACCGCAAGCGCAAGGAGAACAAGAAAGGAAGCAAGGCUACGACGCCGCACAGCACUUGAGACCACGCAGGCAUUUGAUGCAGACACAGGAACCAUCUCAAGCCGAGGCCCUGAAUGCCGAUGAUGGUGGUGGUGGCGAUGCUGCUGCUCGCCAUCACAACCACCAUUUCACCAGCAACAGCGAAUCCGAUACGGACAGCAAUGGCAACGGCGAGGACGCUGCCAGCACGGACGAGCAGGCAGAUGAGGAGGCACGGGAGUGCCGGCACGUUGGACGGCGAUAUGUCACACCGGAGGACCGGGCGCGGCUGCCACACGCCAAGCCGCCCCUGCUGCUGACGCUGCCGGGCAGCGGAAACACGUGGUUCCGUAUGCUGUUGGAGUAUGGAACAGGCUUCUUCUCCAGCAGCGUGUACAACGACUUCAAGCUCAAGGAGGUGAUGCCCGGUGAGCUGCGCUGCGACAACACAACCAUCGUCGUCAAGUCCCACAUGCACUUGGGGUCGUACGACCCGGAGGUCUACAACAAGCUGUUCAAGAUGCAGCCAGGGGAGCUUGCGCACGGCUACCCGUGUCGCGAGCUCCGCCCCUUUGACAGCGUGAUUGGCAUCAUCCGAGACCCCUUUCACGCCGCGCUGGCGGAGGCAACCCGGCAGCUGACCGGUGGCCACGCAUCGGGUAUAUCCCGAUCACGGUUCCACAACAUGCCGCAGUCUGACAUUGCGCGGCGCCUGGUCACCCAGUGCGAGAUGUGGGCCCACUACAUGAAGGAGUACCAGCGGCUGCUGCGCGACGGGUUUGUGGUGGCGCGCAACUUCAUCCUCAUCCGCUUUGAAGACAUGACGUCGCCAUUGCUGAAGCACGACACGCUGGGCCGCCUCCUCCGCUUCGUGCUCGGGCCAGACAUGGAGUCACCGCUCGGGCCUCUCACCAAACCCACGCUCGACUGCAUCUUCAGCCUUGCGGACGACGUGCACGUGCACCGCACACACGGCCCGGACGUGGUGAGCGCGGAGGAGGUGCUUACGCCAGAGAUUGUAUGCAAGAUGUGGGCGGUGGUCAGGCAGUUUGCCGCCGCCUUUGACUACAGGCCACCCUUUGGCAUCACAUGCGACAACGCCGGAGAACCCGCGUGA